AUUAGUCAAUAAGUUAAUUACAGUUGACUAGCCUAUUGUGUAGGAGUAGUUUAUGUCUAUCUCUCUACUUUAGUGUUUCAGUUGUAACCUCUUUCGGUUGGAAUGAACGAUCACUUUCUCAUCAGCCUGUCAUGGUGGAACUCAAGUAGGGGAUGGAGUACAAAGGUACUAUUCUUCUCAUUCUUAAAUCUUAAUUUAGGUUUUGGAGGUGAGUUAUGCCUUUCAACUAUUAUUAUGCUUCCUCAUUAUUUUACCAUCUUAUGAUCUCUUUAUCAUGGAACGAAAUGGGGAGGUUUGUUUAGGUGUUAUCUUGUAAUGAAGGCUUAAGAAGAGAAAGGGAUUAUGAAGAAUACUAUUUUUUCUUAUCUUUUUAACCUAAAAAAAUGGGAAAAGGAGGUUUGUUUUAAUGAUAAAGGUUGAGCCUUGGUGGAAUGGUGGAUAAUCAGAUGACUUUUCCUAUACUAAGCUGGAAAAUGUAUUUAUAAGCAAGUCAAAUUAUUGUACUUAUGAACUCUACAUUUAACUGUUGAAUGAUGAAUAUUACUUUUUGUUGGUUUUCUGCAAGGAUUGGUGGAAUCUGAGGAAGGUUAUGUGUAAUGAACAGCUUGUUUCAUGCAUGUACUGUUGCUGCUGCAUUAUCUAAGACUACCUGUAUUGUAGGGAGGAGUUCAAUUUGCAAAUUCUCAGCUUUCCCUUGGAAGGCGAGUGUCAACCAUGAUGGAAUUAGAAGCUCUAAUUUUAACUUGUUUCUGAAUAGUGUUUGCAUCAGGUUUUGUUCAUCUAAAGAGUCUCAGGGAAAGAAUUCUCGAUCGCGCAAGUCCAAGCCUGCUCCUGCUUCUCCCCCAGUAAUGAAGGAAGAGAGAGACGGUUUCUUUGUUGUCAGGAAAGGAGAUCUUAUUGGAGUAUACAAGAAUUUGAGUGAUUGCCAGACUCAAGUUGGAUCCUCGGCAAUGUCUAAGAAAGUAAUCACAAGAUAAGAGUUGGAGAAGAAGCUGAACAAUGUUAGGAUUAGAAAAGAGGACAUGAAUAAACUAGUGAUGAACUUCCUAGUCACGGAGGGUUAUGUGGAAGUAGUAGAGAAAUUCAGAAAGGAAUCUGGGACAGAACCUGACAUAGAUCUUGCAACCAUUACUGACUGGAUGGCUGUGAAAAAGGCAGUACAAUGUGGUGAUGUUGAGGAUGCUAUUGAAAAGGUCAAUGAUUUGAACCCUAAGAAGCCCCAACUUGUCAAAGGAAAUAUGCAACUAUUCCCAGUGGAUCAGCAACGUAGUCAAGCUCUUGAAGUCCAUGCUGCAUCAUUUACCUCAUCAUUUCGAAUGGCAGGAAAUGAUAAGGGUUCUAUGCUCAUUUCAUUUGCAACAAAGACCUCAUAUGUAAUUUCAUUUAUUGUUCUUUACAAGUACCGUAGUAAUUUGUAUUGUUUUAAAGUGUGUUGAUGGAUAAAUUGUAUUGUAGAGUAAUGUUGAUAUGGAUUUUAAG